ACAGAACUGACAGGGACAACUAGUGGAAACAAGGGACAUGGCAGCAUAGUACAGUGUGUUUCACUAGAAUAUCAUUUCAUGUUGUCAUUUUUCCCAAAAAUAUUCUGACCAUUUUAAACAUUUUUUCUAAUAAUAUCUAAUAUUUUGAAAAUAAUUGUUACAGUGAUAACUGUUUUUAUUUGAUGUGUUUAAAUAGUGAAAACAUAUAAUCUUCCAAACAGCUCUUUCUUCUAUGAUAGGCCGGACAACGUAUCUGCUACAUAAAAUGCGCUCGAGCAAUUACUUCGUCGCCCUAGAAGAGCUGAUUCAGCAGCGACUUGACUUCUGAUUUUAUCACUCUCACACUAGCUAUGACAAAUACCGUGUCUACUAUUCGACAUACCAUCCCCAACAGUAACGCUGAUGAGAGCACUUUGCACACCCCGCAUACAAUUUUGAAGGACCUCCGAUUUGUUUGGUGCAAGCAGCGGCUGAUGUUCUGAACUGAAGCCGAGGCAGCCAUUGUGGGGCCUUGGGACGCUUGCGUUCACAAUGCUGUUUUUUUCGUGCAAACAUGGCGGCCCCUGCUCUAACCAGCCGGGCUGGGUCCGUAAAUAGCUUGGGAAACAGCCCCACUGCGACUCCCAGCUCCACGACGAAUAACAACAAGAUCAUCCCAAGCUACCUCGAGCUCGAUUUCAGGUCCGGGGCCAGAAUCGAGGAUUUGAACCGAUUGAUUCAGGAAUUUAGUAAACACGAUCAGCGAGAAUAUGACGACCAGCGAGCGCUCGAGAUCCACACCGCCAAAGAUUUCAUUUUCUCCAUGCUCGUAAUCUUCUAGUUUGGAUGGAGGAGGGGAACAAUGGGAAGGAGUACAGCAAUUAUCCAGCUUGCUGACUAAGAAAUCAGUCCUUGGCCACCCACUUAGUUACCAAUGACCUAUUCUGCCACGUCCCAGGAAAAGAAGAGAGCAGAACCACCCCUUAAGUCCAUUGACACAAGUAUCAUGAAAAGCCUGAAAACUCAGGAAGUUGAUGUGUUACGGGCCAUAGGGACAGUCCUAAAAUGUGUCCCGGACUGCCAUGGUGGAGAACGACGCAAAAUCUGACACGUCUCAUUAGUCUUCAAGAGGACCACUACGAUCCAGAUCGCCUUCUCUGCUCUAAGGUGACAACCCCAUGAAGCGGUUUGAGAGAAUUCCAAGAAUGUGCAAAGCUGUCAUCAAGGAAAAAGGUAUGGUGCAGAAACUGGACCAGAAGCUCCCUGUGGCCAACGAGUACCUACUGCUGUCAGGUGGCGUGCGAGAGGGUGUGGUCGACAUGGACCUAGACGAGCUGAGCGUCUACGCCCGCGGCACCGACUAUGACAUGGACUUUACCCUCCUCGUGCCUGCGCUCAAGUUGCACGACCGCAACCAGCCGGUGACUUUGGACAUGCGCCACUCAGCCCUUUGCCACUCGUGGCUGAGCCUGCGCCUCUUCGAUGAGGGCACCAUCAACAAGUGGAAGGACUGCUGCACCAUGGUAGACCACAUCAACGGUGCCACCAACUACUUUUUCUCACCCACGAUGGUGGCUGACUGGUUCUACGAGUCCAUCAGUGUGGUCCUGGUGGAGAUCCAGAAGAAGCCCCAGCGCGGCAUGCCCCGCGUGGAGAAGGUGGAGCGGAACGGCACCAUCAUUUCCGUCAUCCUGGGCGUGGGCAGUAGCCGCAUGCUCUAUGACAUCUUGCCUGUGGUCUCCUUCAAGGGAUGGCCGGCGGUAGCCCAGAGCUGGCUGAUGGAGAACCACUUCUGGGACGGCAAGAUCACAGAGGAGGAGGUGAUCAGCGGCUUCUACCUGGUGCCUACCUGCUCCCACAAGGGCCGUAAGGAGAAUGAGUGGCGCCUGUCGUUCGCCCGCAGCGAAGUGCAGCUCAAGAAGUGCAUCUCGGCCAGCCUGAUGCAGGCCUACCAGGCGUGCAAGGCCAUCAUUAUCAAGCUGCUGUCAAGGCCCAAGGCCAUCAGCCCCUACCACCUUGCGCAGGUGAUGCUGUGGGCCUGCGAUCGGCUCCCCGCCACCUACCUGUCCCAGGAAGACUUCUCAGCCCACUUCCUGCUAGGCCUCAUCGACGACCUGCAGAACUGCCUGGUCAACAAGAUGUGCCCCAACUACUUCAUCCCGCAGUGCAACAUGCUGGAACACCUCUCGGAUGAGACGGCCAUGCUCCACGCCCGCAAGCUCAGCUCGGUGCGCUCCGACCCGGCCGAGCACCUGCGCACCACUAUCGAGCAUGCCAAGGCGGCCAACCGGCUGACCCUGGACCUGCAUUGGCGCGGCAGCGCCUUAAACCUGCCGUCGCCACAGUCGGACGCGGGCGGCGAGCACCAGCCGGAUGACCGAUUGGCUAAGAAGCUGCAGCAGUUGGUGAUGGAGAACCCCGGCAAGUCCAUCUCAGUGUUCAUCAACCCCGACGAUGUGACGCGGCCGCACUUCCGCAUCGACGACAAGUUCUUCUGAGACUUCAAAAUAGAAAAAUACUACUUUCCCCCUCCCACGGCACCAAUUCUUCUCCCCUUUGACUAGAUUGGUCGAGUCAUCAAAUUAGUCGGUUUCCCAAGUAACGGUCGCCACAGAGCGUUGUGAGGUGCUUUUGUCCAAUAGUGUCUUCCCAUUUUGUUUCUCUGUCCCUGACACCUGUCCCCACACCCCACCAACCCUAACCCUGUCACCUUUAGAAGGCCUUUACAGGACUACAUGAAACAGGUGGAAGAAGAGGUACUGCGUCUUGCCUCGGAUGGUUAAGGAAUGUCUUAGUCCCUGUAGGGGAACUGAUGGUACUAACGCCAUAACUGUACAUAGAGAGAGUUGAGUGGAUAUGUGUGUGUGGACUUUGAUCUUAUUUUGCACAGAAUGUAGAGUCACACAUUUAUCAUGUUGGAAGUGCUAUGAAGUGAAGUCUGAAAUGUUGCUUAUCUUUUAGGGAGGCAAUUUCAAUGGUCUUUUUUUCUCCACUGGGCUAAAUGCUCUGAAUUUAUACCUACUGGUUUAGAGUAUGUUUAGAGCUGUUAUUCCAAUAAGCUGUAUCACAAUGACAAGUUAUUUCUAACUUAACGUUCUCUGUAGUCAUGUCCAUGUCCUAUGUGUAUAGUGAACAGUUCCAGACAUAUCCUGAAUAUGCCAAAAACCUGCAGAUAUCUGACCGGCAAUGUGAUACACAUAUCUUCAUCCUCAAGUGCAAUUAGUAAACAAACAAACAAACACACCAUACAUAAAUGUGCUAACACUCAUCAUACAUACUCCUGAUCAGUGAAAUGGUGUAUUUAAUACAUAUUUGUGAUAUUCUAGAACUCUGGGACGUUGUCAUUUUGUUUGUCUUUGUUAUAUGGAACUCUGAAACAUUUUACUGUGAGUCUUAUUUUCCAUAUUUGCUGCUAACCUUAUGAAGAUGUUUUAUGAUUAACUGGUUAUACAAAUUAAGUUAACACACAAUUAUGAAUUUUAAGUGUACAUGUGCGUAGCUACUUUGUACACACGAAUCCUGUUGAGUCAAACCUGUCAUGGACCAAUCAGAAUGGACCAACCGUGCAACCUCACCAUUGGCAGGGAUCUAACAUACUGCUUUAUCAUUAAUUCGGACCAAUCACUGCAGUGGCCUGAAGAACGUGUUCUGUGCUUCUACUUUUCCAAAGGCAUACUGGCCGCGUUUCCCAGGCUGACUACAUUACAGAUGCCUGCCAAUUCUCACAAUGCCUGAAGAGCUGUCAUAUCACAUCAUAUGAUAUGUCAUAUCACAUGCAGUGCCUUGCGAAAGUAUUCGGCCCCCUUGAACUUUGAGACCUUUUGCCACAUUUCAGGCUUCAAACAUAAAGAUAUAAAACUGUAUUUUUUUGUGAAGAAUUAACAACAAGU